AUGUAUGACUGGUAUGGCAAACACGGGAUGAAGCAAGCGCGGAAGGAGCGCGAGGCUCCGGCCCACAUCCGCUUCAAUCAGGAGGACCCAGUCAUGCCCGGCUCGCUGCGGCGCCAGCCGCAGCAUGCGCCGGCGUUGGAAGUGCCAGCCGUCCCAGGGAUCCUCCGCGACAGUUCUGUGGGUGCUGCGAGCGCAGGCUCCGAGGCGGAGGCGGCCGUGGUGGCGCCGUCGCGACCACCCAGCGUGCCGAGGACGCUUCUUACCGAUGCGGGCAGGUCUUCCAUGGCAAAGGUCUCGCCGAAAGCGAAGAAAGCACCGGACAAGCCGCCCAAGCCGGCGACCCCAAGCUUCCGUAUCGAGUGCUGGGAUACUUCCGGCAAGAGACCGCGGGAGGCUCAACCGAAUACAGCCUGGUCCAAGUCCAGAUUGACCAUGGACGCCAGCACCAGGCGCACUUUGCAUGUGGUGGCUGCAACUUUAGAGCUGCAUCCCAUGCGCAUUGCUAUGCGCACCUGUGGUGCUCAGGCCUCGAUGGGGCAUCCGAUCGUGUGCGAUGUGAAGUACAGCUCGUCGCAUUUUAAGGAGGACUCUCAAGUCACUGGUGGCCGGCUCUUUCUCCAUGCCGCUUUCCUUCGAGGGACCUUGCCCCCGGAUGGUAUUGCUCCACUGAGCAUCGCCUGCCGCCUGCCACGGCAGCUUCGCGAGUGCUUGACCUCCAUGCAACGCCUCAGGAGCCUUGAAGAGACGCUUUCCCUCGAGGCCACCGAGCUUUGCGACUGUUUGCUGAUGCCAGACCCAGAGGUGGUCCAGAAAUGCGAUCCUGGACUGGAGGCGAAGACCUCGAGCAAAGCCAGCAGCGAGAAGGAGACCGAAGACCCGGAGACUGAAGACCUGGAGACGGAGGAGACAGAGGAAACCGAGGCAGAGGAGGCAGAGGAGGUGGCAGGUGUCCUCUCUAAGAGGCAGAUGAACGAGCUGCUGAACACAGAGGCUGAGCCAGGCUGGUGCCAAUGGGUGGCUGUUUUCCCCUUCCCCUUCUUUGCUCCAGUGCUUGGAGGUGAUCGGUCCGAGACGGACAGUGAGUCCGAAGCAAACAACGAGCUCCCGGAGGAAGUAGAUGAGGAAACAAACCUCGACGGGGUUGACAGCGUGGCUGAAACUGACAGUGGCUUUGGACCCAUGUCGCUCCACAGCCAGUUCGUCAGGUGCAAGGUCUGUGGUGAGCAGGAGAAGGUGGAGAAGGUCGAGUUUCCGGCGCUUCGCCUCCGUUUGAGCUGUCGGUCUGUGGCGACGUGGAACGCGCAAGUCUUGAAGCUCUUUCAUUCGGAGGAGGACCGUGAACAAGGCCAGCACCUACAGCCGCGGAAUGCGGAGAGGUGGUCAAACCAGGACUGGACCAACGAGUGGUCCAACCGGUGGUGGCAGCAACCCUGUCCUGAAGCUUGGGAGUGGGAGUGGAGCUCGAAAAGCCAACCAGCUCCGGCGAAGAGCGGAGCUGGGGGAGGCCCGGUGGCGAAAGGCGCGAAGAGCCGCGCAGCGCGAAGAGUCGCGGGAUUCGCAGCGAGCGUGGACCGAGAGGCAGAGAAACAGAAUGUGGAGGUGCAGAUGAGGCAUCUGUUAUGCCUGCUGUCCGAGCGAUCUGCAGACAUCCUUGAAGCAACCCAGCAGCUGCAGAGGGUACGAACCAUAAUUGUGAGUUGCUUUGGAGGAAGGAGCUGUAUGCGCACCUCAAGGACGUCUACUACGAACCUUUUGAGGGUUUUUGACGUUUGGCAUAGCUUUUCCGACCGACAGCCGUCUUGCUUUUGGGAGGUGAUGGCUUACCUGAUCAGGGAGUCUGGUGUAAUCAAUGUCUCGCAGGAGCAUGGUAUGCGACAUGUUCCUGGCCCGUCCGCCGGAUGCCGAGGGUGCGUUGGUGUAUUGCCUUGGUCUUUAUGGCUUAGUUAUGUUCUCGUCCGGGACGCACCCGAUUUCAUAAGCUUGAACUUCUCUUGUCUUGCCAAUCAUUUGCCUAUUCGGCCGUUGCACGCAGUCCUCGUGCUCCUGAGCUGGUGGACGGACCAGUCCUGUACAGAGAAGAUCAGAGCAGCACCUGGCAGUGUGACUGAUGAGCUUGUGCCAGCCGUCAGGAAGGCAGGAUAUCUAUAG